GUAUGAUUGAUUUGUAUGUUGUGUCUUGCUUGAGUUGAGUUUGAGAAACAGAAUCGACAAGAAAUACACAGUAUAAUAAAAAACAAUACAUACAUCAAACAUUAUCUUAUUCCAAAUAAAAGAUUUUAUGCCUGUGUGUUGUUCAUAGUAACAAAUCGCAUAUAACUAGUUUAUAACAGUAGUCACUACGCCUUUGUAAUAACUUUGGUUUCCAAAUUGAAAUCAUGUCUUCCGAAACAGCGCAAGUUAGUUCAUUGCCAUUGCCGCCCAUGCAGUAUAUAAACUUCUAUACUGAUGAGAAUGUGCGAAGAAAUAGAGCUCCUUUACCACCGCGCCCUAUUCAUGAUUCGUAUUCCAUGUUUGGACACACUUUCAAUGCGGAUGACACCAUAAUUAGGUCACUGGAGAGCCAGGGAUUUCGGCGAUUAUAUCCUAUGCAUUUUGAGAGGAGGAGAGAACUGAAGAAGUUGAAUCACUCACUACUUGUUAACUUUCUGGAUCUAUUAGACUUGUUGGUACAUUGUCCUGAUUCUCCUAAAAGGGCUGAAAAGGUUGAAGAUCUCAGUUUGCUUUUCAUACACAUACAUCAUUUGCUAAAUGAAUUUAGACCUCACCAAGCAAGAGAAACCUUGAGAGUGAUGAUGGAACUACAGAAACGUCAACGUGUUGAAACUGCGACAAGGUUCAAAAAACACUUGGAUAAAGUGCAAGAUAUAUUACAAAGUGCUCUACAAAGUCUACCAGAUCAGAAUGAAAUAGAAUCCAAUUUUAAGGUGCCUGUAGAGAUAUUGGAACACAUGGAUUGUAACACCAAUGAUGUGUCUAAUCAAGAUCCAUGUUAUGAACUGGAUCGCAUCAUGUGUAAUGUGGUGGACAAUAUGAGAUAAGACAUCUAUUUUCCUUUUAUAUACUAGAAUUAAUUUUGUAUUAUUUCAUAAACUUUUAGCUUCAAUCUUGCUUAUAUCCCAGGUAACUGUGAUUGUUAAGGAAUACAUAAGUUGGGCUACUCAUUUUCAAACAAAUUUCUUUUGCCAUGGUAUCACCUGGAUGGUAUUCCAAUCAAAGAUUUUUUUAUUUUCGAUAUAAAGCUACCAGAAAACUACUUGCCAAUUCUUUCCUGCCUGUUUAAUUAACAAGGCAAGAUAUUGUAACAUACAAAUUCACUAAGGUGACUUGGCCAACUGGUGUGGCUAUUUCAAAUAGGGAACCUGAUUAUGUUUCAAAAGGAAUUUUUUUCUUCAUAAAUCAAGAAAUUGAAAUAAAUGGUAAAUAAUAAAAGUUUAUGAAUCUCAAGCUCAUGUAUUAAUUUUAUAAGUGUAUCAGCUUCUAUAUAAUCUUCUCAAAAGGUCUACUCCAUAUAUUUGAUAUCCAAACAAGGUAUGAAUGUGGUCUUUACAAGUACUUAUCUUGGACUUCAAUGACUGAAUAGAGGCGAAGGAAAACAUCUUGAGAAAUAGACCACAGCCUUGCAGUGAGACCGAUGAUGUUGGAUAUUAUGCAUCUGGUUGAUAUAUUGAUAAGUUGAUAUGAACUGAUGUGUAAAUUACAUGUAGGAUUAAUUUUGUUUUUGAAAUAAAAGAAAAUCAUUAUA